GCGGCUUUUGCUCGGUGGGGCGUGAAUCGUGGGUGAGCACCGCCAGACGGCCAGACGACCGCCCGAUCACUCCGCCACCUGCGACCUGAGACCAUGGCCACCUCCGACCUGCUCAUCAAGAUCCCGGCGCUCACCUUUAACGAGGACAAAAUUCGGCUGGCGCCGCCGACUGACACGAUGGCAAUCAAAGUGGCGCAGCUGGAGCACAACAUGCGUUUCCUGCGCGAGCAGCACCAAAUCAUGCUCUCCAGCCUGCACAAGGAGAUCGAAAACCUGCGCCUCUUCAACAGAGAGCUGCAGUUUCAGCUGGUGAUGAGCGGCGCCGCGGCCAAGAUGAGCGCCCUCACCAUCGAGGUGCCGCCGGACUCGUUCGACGCCUCGCUCGACCACCAAAACAAAAACGUGAAUAACGACAUUGGCAGAGUGGAGCUGCUGGAAAAGAGCCUUGCUGAGAUGCGAAUUGGACUGACUGAGGAAAAGGGACGCAAUAAACAACUUUAUGAAGUCGUCCGCGAACAACAGAGGAAAAUCGAGCACCUGAAGGUGGCAAGCAGUAGCAGGGUGGUGUCGAGCAAGGAGGUCGGCUGCCAAGCAGAAAUCGACUCGAAUGUGGUCGAAAACAGCACUCGGUACACGCAAACCUAUCGCAAUCCGGACUUUUGGUCCAAGGAGCAGCGGAGGAGUGGCAACGGUGGCAGCGGCGGCGGCGGCGGCAACCGCUUUCGGCGCCACAACUCAGGCCGCUUCUCGUCCUUCAGCCAGGACGACGCGCACGGACAGCCGCCCAGCAGCGCGUCCCGCUUUCCGCCGCUUCAGUCGCCGGCCGGCUGGCAGCCCAGGCCAAGGACGUGUGCAGAGGUGGGCAAAGAGAAGCUGCCCGCGUUGGAGGCGGGUGAGGGCGAGGGCGAGGCGUGGCGGGCCAAGGAGCCGCAGCCGUGGGCGCAGAGGACGGAGCAGGCUCCGCACUCGGAGCGCAGCCGGCGCAACCGGCGCUACCGCGGCGCCAAGCAGCGCACCGAGCAGCCGACUAACUAGCAAUAAAUGAAUGUGUACUCACAUCCAAAUGAUUAUUAUUGUGUUUUCGGUAGGGAUUUGUGCGACAACAAAGAAAACGGCCGAUC